AUGGCUGCUCCAUUCCAACCUCCUCAGCCGACUCUUGUUGGCCCCGACACUCCAAUUUCUAUCAAAACCCUCUUCGAGGGCUACAAUCGACGCUUCAAGCUACCCUUGCGAGAGCUUGGUGCCUACUCCCUGCCACAGAAGAUUCGCCAAUUUCUAAGUAUCCCUGAUGACGCCAAUAUCACACUCGAACGUUAUUCCGACAGCGCUGGCUCCUAUGUGGUCCUCGACAGCGAGAACAUUUCUGUAUACAAGCAACUCUAUCGUGCUGCGAAGGCCAAAUUGAAGCUUCAAAUCAAGGUAACUCGGGUUCAAAAUCAUGAGCCUGAGCCUGAGCCUGAGCCUGACCACAGCCUGCCAUCCCCACCUCCCGAGAGCACAGAUGUCCAGCAAGAACAACCCCAGCAGCGAUGCAGCUACCUCGACACGGUUCUACGUGUUCCCAUCGACGGGUUGGUCAAUCAAGUUGAUCAUACUACCUCUGCAGCUCCUGCACCGCCUCCCUUGAAGGCCUCCAUGUUCCCGAACGUUCCAGCAGAGAACCCAGCUGAGGACGACAACAAGAUAUCUACUCAGGCAGAACCUCAGAAAGGCAUGAAGCUCGCGAAAUCGAAUCCUGCGUCAACGCCUGCAGUUAUGUGUGCUGGUGGCCCUAAAUUCGUUCCGCCAUCCCCAAUUUGCAUUGACUGUAAUCACUGCGGCACCGGUGUUCCCGAUGCCCAUUACCAUUGCAGUAUUUGUGAUGAUGGUGAUUACGAUCUGUGCCAGAAAUGCAUCGAUGCAGGUGUCCUCUGUCCCGGCGAAGGGCAUUGGUUGAUCAAGCGCACUGUCAGCGACGGCAGAAUUAAGUACAACAUUACGGAGACCAUUGCUCCAAGGAAAAUUCCCGAGCCAGAACCUCAAGUGGAGCUCAGCAGCACUAGAGAGCAUACCACUCCUAUAGAAAUUGAGGAUACAAAGGCUGGAGAACGGACCUGCAAUGCAUGUUUCAGAUGCUUCAACGAGAAAGAACUCGUUAACUGCCAAGAUUGCGGAGACUAUGACCUGUGCUUCACUUGUCUUCUCGCGGACAGACAUGGUCACCAUCCUGCGCAUUCUUUCUCCCUUAUAGUAGAUGGCGAGUUCCAGUCAAAGAGCCUUGUCAUGUCGACUUGCCAGCCUGGACGUGGUCGUUACCACGCUGCAAUUUGCGAUGGAUGUAACGAGUCUAUAAAAGGCGUCCGGCAUAAAUGUCUUAACUGUCCGGACUGGGAUUAUUGUUCAGAGUGCGUCAGGAGCGCCACCGAAUUGCACCCUGGUCAUCGCUUUGCUCCGCUUUAUACUCCUAUUCCGGAGCCGCAUGGUUAUCUCCAGAUCCACUGUGGCGUUAUCUGUGAUGGCCCUCUCUGCUCUGCGACAUCUAAGGCGGCUUAUAUCAAAGGAGUUCGUUAUAAAUGUGCCGUUUGCCACGAUACUGAUUUCUGUGGAAAUUGCGAAGCUCAUCCUGACAAUACCCACAACCGCACGCAUCCUUUAAUCAAGUUCAAAACCCCUGUUCGCAAUGCCACAGUCACUACCUUCAGCGAUACUGGCAUCUAUGGGGAAUGUGCUGCUACACAUGGUGAUCGACCAAGUACGAAAUCAACCUCAACUGAGACUGUGGCGCCUUUAAAAUCAAAUGCUGCCACUCAGGUGCAGACUGAGAAGGCAGUCCAUGAGAAAGCCAGUGAUACAGAUUCCAACAUCGCACAGCCAAGCGUUCAAGGAGAAACUACAAACACCAGAACAGAGCCAGGUUGUACACCUUCCAAACUCCACGCUCUCUUCGUUCGGGACAUCAUUCCUGACGGGUCGCGCUUUGGCCCAAACAAAACAAUCACGCAAACAUGGACUCUGUACAAUCCAGGCCCCAUCCCGUGGCCAAAGGGAUGCAGAGUUCGCUUUGUUGGAGGGGAUACCAUGUUCAACAUCGACACCAAUCAUCCAUCGAGUCUCAGCAAUUUGGAAUCCGCGAUGGAAACGCAAGAGCUUACUACACCCGUUCCCCCAUUUUCCUCUGCUAAUUUUACUAUUGAACUAAAGACCCCUCAUCGUGAAGGCCGGGCCAUUUCUUACUGGCGUCUCAAGACACCUGACGGUGCUGCUUUUGGCCACAAGCUUUGGUGUGAUGUGGACGUCCGAGAUUCGGUUGAGGAUUCGAAGGCACUUCCAGAGCAGACCGAAAAUAACAAACAGCUCUCUGUCGAAACAGCGGAACCGAGUGUUGAACCCUGCACGGAAGCCGGCGAUGCUGAAGUUUCUCGUGGGGAGUCUCAGUCUGAGAGCGUAAUGAUAUUCCCCAAACUGGAGACAGAAUCACCCUCCGCGAGUACCCACAAAUCAGCCUCUCCUACAGUUCUCCCGGCCAGUGAACUUCCUGAGAAUCGCAAUCUGCCAGAUGAUGUCGAGAGCCUCACUCUUGAUGAUGAGCACUCGACUGAAGACGAUUUCCUGACAGAUGAAGAAUACGAUAUACUCGACGCCAGUGACCAGGAAUUUUCUCUUGAAGCUCAGAAGCCAGAGAAGCAUUAA